AUGUCUAUUCUAACCCCACAGGCCGGUGCUGACGACAGUCAGCCUCCCCCGCUGACAUUCUCAACAUCUCUCUUCCGCCAGAUAUCCCCGGCUUUGUACCUACAACGGCAUCUCGUACACAGUCCUCCAACUCGUCCUAAUGGACGGAGUCCUUCCCAAUGUCGCGAUUUCACCCUAACAACAAACUCUCUCAGUCAUGCCCACGGAUCUGCUGUCGUGAGAGCCGGGGACACCGCCGUGGUUUGUGGUAUAAGGGGUGAGAUCCUCACUGUUGCUCCUGGCGAUGAUCCUUCCAGGUUUGAAUCUUAUCAUAGCUUCCCAACAUCCGCGACCCAUGCUUGUGGUGCCCGUGGUGCUGGUGGUGCUAGCUGGGGCGGAUUGAUCAUACCGAAUGUUGAGCUAUCGACCGGGUGUUCGAAAAAAUACCCGCUUGGUCCGCCGGGAGGACUAGCUCAAACUUUUUCCGACCAGCUACACGAACUCAUCAACGUCACAAAGCUGGUCAGCUUAGAUUCUCUCCGGAUAUACGAUAGUGACAGUGACAGCAGUCUCCCGCCGACGAUGAAAAUCAAAGGAUAUUGGUCUCUAUACGUCGACGUAUUGUGCAUAUCACUGGAUGGGAAUAUUCUUGAUGCAGCUUGGUAUGCAAUUGUAGCAGCCAUCAAAUCGAGUAGGUUACCACUUGCCUCGUGGAAUCAAGCCGAGGAACGAAUAUUCUGCCACGAGUCACUCAGUCACCCGAUAUCGCUUCGUCAGUCACUUCCAUUUACAACGACUUUCGCUCUCAUCCCUCUGCCGCGUUCCGAAGACCACAGAAAUGAAACGGCGAUUCUACUGAAUGACCCGGACUCGUACGAGGAGGACGAAGCUUGUGAAAUUCUAACGAUAUUAUCUACUGCAGAAUUUGGCCUUGCUGGAUUGAGGACUCGAGUGGAAAAAAUCGAAAAAAGAGGAGGGUGGAAGGUUGGGUUAGCACAAAUAGAGAGCUGCGCACAUCUAGCCGCAUCCAAAGCAGCACGAUAUCUUCACUCACUUACCCACGAUCAGCUGACGCCCAUGUAG